AUGUCUGACGAACAGAAGAGUAGACUCACUGAACAAAUUGUCGACUUUUCACUUGCACAGAAGUCUGGAUUUAUCGAAGCCUACAUGGAUGUGUUCAAUGUCUCUCGAGAAGUUGCCCUUUCGAAGUUACACGGCUGCGAACAGCACUUUGGCCAGGCUAUUACUCGACUCAGGAAAAAUAGAUCCAUUGUCCCGUGGCAGGACGAGAAAAGCUGGGUGGCAAAAUGCAAUGCCUUGAUGGAGCCGGACAGCCCUGGAAACACCCUGGAUGACAAAUUCGUCGUAUUAUCCCGGGCAUUUCCUCGUGCCAAGAGGUGGCUAGACUGGUGGCGCACCUCGGACAUCCAGGCCAUGCUCUUCCCUGCCAGGAAGCGCAUGCCUCUGGAUGAUCCACCUUUGGACGACGAAACGGGCGAAGAAACUGGCGAUGUGUCAAGGAAACGCAAAAAGCGAGGCCGGGAUGAUGGUUUACCUUCGACCACCAACGGCCAAGAAUCCAUGCACAGGAUCUACUACCUAUUUUGCUUUUGUCCAAAGCUUGGAAAGAGAUCACCAAAACCUCAACCGAGGUAUCUCUGUCGCGUAUGGCUCUUCCCAGAAGAACUGGGAGGGCCUAGUCAAAGGAAUGCAAAUGUCCAAACCGACGAAACGAAAGUUCAUCGCAAACGACGGCCGCCCUCCCGAUACCACCGACGAACUUUUGGGAAAUGUGUCAAAGAAGUCGAAAAGAGGACCAGGAAGACCCAAAGGCUCUCAGAAUGUCAUGCGCCAGCCUUUGACUACGUAUCAGUCAUACAAAAAAGCCGACACGCUACAGUCAACGGGACUCAAGUUAUUCAUAUCAUCUAUACCCACUUCACCAAACGUUCGACCCUUCAACUACAGGGUAAACCAAUCCUUGGGCACCUAUCUACUUAUCAGAAUUUGAUACACACCGCCCUGCGAGGCCUUGGCACCUUUCCUGUCGACGGUUUUGCCUCUGCAGAUGCGGUCAUGGAAAUAUUACUUCGACCAGGUCGUAACUCAAUUGGACCAAUGUUUGAAUUACCCAUACUCAAAACCUCGAGAUGCACGGCGAACAUCAACCACAGCUCCAGCACGUUGACUUCAAGAGCCAUUCUACAGGUUUUCCCCUAUACUUUUACCGAAGCUGGACUGUCUUACGCACAGUUGGGUCUAUUGUUGGAACGAUGGGUGUCUGAAGGACUGUCCUCCAGCGACUGUGUAUGCCAACGGUGUCACCCAGACGAAGAAGGUGACAGUGUUGGCGACGACGUUGUCGGCGAUGAGCGCGACGCGUAUCAGGGCGAAACUAACUGGCCAGCACGGAUCAAGAUUGGCGAAGUUGAUUAUUACAUGAUGACCCGUGGCUUUUGGGGUGCUUUUCAUUUCUGGUGCAAGGUAGUGCGGUCAGUGGAAGGAGUAUUAGGUGUUUGGCAUUAUGACGAGGCUGAAAACCAAGGAAUUGCUCGACUUCUGGACCGGGACGUGACCAGCAUCGGUGGUUGUCAACCGCACACCAGCUGGGUGUGCUAUUCGCGCAUCCCUUUUGAACAAGAACGCCGUCACAUUGCUGAAAUCAUACGAGGUCUGAUGAAAGAAUUUCCCCAACACCAUCAUUCCAUCCCAUUCUCGAUGCCGUUGCCAGACUUUCCGGUAGGAGGUGGGUUGCCAUCUGCCGAAGUCAUCGCUCAGGACCUCACAGUGGCCACUGUAGUAUCCGCGACAUCAAAUCCAAUUGACCUCGCUGAGGAUGAUCAAGCUUGGGACGAAUUGGCCUCCCUUCCGGACAACGAAUGCCUGGAGGAAUUAUUGAUACCGAAAAGCCCGAUAAUACCACCUACCAAUCCCUUGAAAAUCAAGGUGAGAAUGGCGGCGCACUCAUCCCAACCUCCGGUACCUAUUGAACUUCCUAAUCAUCUCGCGGUCACCACCGAAGAGAACCUAAUUCCUGUUAAAAGGAACCCUCGACGUUCGAAAAAACCUGUUCAGGAUGAUAUACCUGUGAUACCUGAAACUGUAAAACCGGUCAAAGGCAUCCGAAAACGUGUACCUAAACGAGGGGAUUGGUGA